AUAGGAAGCAACCCACCCUCAAGAGCACGAAGCCUUGCGCGUGCUCAAGAGACAGCAGUUUCCGUUUUGUUUCCUGCGUGUUGUGGGCAGAUUUCUGCGCGGAGCGCCUACUCUCCACUGCUUGCCAGCUUUGAAAACGCUUAAAUUGCAGAGUCAGCGGCAUACUCCUGACACAACAGGCACGUGUUUAUCAUUAGGUCCAUUGAGGAACCCAGAUAUGGAUGCUGAGCAGAACCAGGUGUUGGACACCGCAUCAGAGACUCAAGAGAAACAGGAGACUGGAGCAGGAGGCUGCCCCAAGUCACAACUCGACUCUCCAAUAGAGCCUGCAGAAUCACCAGUGAAUAGGCAAGAAAUGGAGCAUUUGCAAGAUGUGGUUACAGAAUCAGGACCGUCAGAAGAAACGCAAGAGACGGCGCCUAAAGCAGAAAAAUCCUUAAUGAAAAUGGUUGUAUCUCCUGAGAAGGUUCCAGAGACUUCUACAGAAGUUUUGACUAAAGCAGAGAAGUACCCAGAAAAACAACCAGAACUAGAGACCUCAACAGAGGUUUCUGAGCCAGCUACAGCAAUGUACGUAGAACGCAAAAACAUCCAGACCGCAGAGCCUAAAAAGCAGCCAAUGCCAGAGAGAACACCAGAGCCUCUAGCAGAGAAUAACAUUGAAACUGCGCCAGAGAAAAUAGCAGAACCCGUCCCAGAGGCUGUUAAACUGUCUGAGCAGGCAGCGCCCGAGCCUGUCACACAGCCAAAAUCUGAGGACGUCAAACUGCUUGAACCAGAAGAGAAAGGGCCUGAGGAAUCUGAGAAGCAGGCAGAAUCUGGUAUUGUGUUGGAGGUGAUGCCAGCAGAGCCUGAAACUGUAAAGGAAGCGGAGGCAGACAGACCGACCAAAGCUGACAUUGUACCGGAACCCGAGCCAAAGAAAUCAGUAGUGGCUGAGACUGUGAAGAUGGUGGAAGCAGAGAAACCGGUAGCGGCUGAGACUGUGAAGAUGGUGGAAGCAGAGAAACCGGUAGCGGCUGAGACUGUGAAGAUGGUGGAAGCAGAGAAACCGGUAGCGGCUGAGACUGUGAAGAUGGUGGAAGCAGAGAAACCGGUAGCGGCUGAGACUGUGAAGAUGGUGGAAGCAGAGAAACCGGUAGCAGCUGAGACUGUGAAGAUGGUGGAAGCAGAGAAACCGGUAGCUGCUGAGACUGUGACGGAAAAGAAACUGGUAGAAGCUGAAAUUGUAAAAGAAGUCGAGUCGGAGAAACAGGCAGAAGGUGAUGCAGUGGAGCAGCAGAAGGCAGAAGUUGUCGAGCAGGUCCCUGCUCCUGGCACUUUGUCUUUCGCUUUCCUGGAGCAUGAGCAGACCAAAGCCACCCUUCGCACCUCUCGCACUCUAAUCAUCCUCAGAGGCCUCCCCGGCAGCGGCAAGAGCCUCUUGGCACGUGCUAUUGCAGAUAGCUACCAGGGUCUCUGCACUGUCUGCUGUGCUGAUGACCAUGGUGUGAAACCGGAGAGUCCAGAAGCAUCGGCAGAUGGGUACAAGGCUUUUGACGAUGCUGUGGUAGCCUGCUGCAGUGUAGGAACAUCUGCUCAAGUGAUUGUGGUGGAUGACACCAACCAUACCCAUGAUCGGCUGGCGCGUCUGGGGGAGGUAGCGGAGCAGCACCGGUUGGUGGCCAUGUUUCUGGAGCCCCGCACUGAGUGGAGCAGAGACUUGCCACAGUUGGCCAAGAGAACUCUGCGGGGGCUAGAGGAAUCCCAGAUCCAGGCCAUGAAAGUUCCUCUUGAGGAGACGUCCCUGCCCCUUUUCUUUGGCUGGUUCCUUCUCCCUGGCAUCCAGGACAAGGUCAGGUGCACGUCCAUGGAUUUCCUGAAGACGCUGGACACACUUGAGGCCUUCAAGAAGCACUUGCCUGACUUCACUGUUGAGGCUGAGAAAGAGGUGGACCUGGAGCAGUAUUUCCAAGCCAAUGGAGCUCUUCAUUGCACUACCAAAUUCUGUGACUAUGGCAAGGCUGAGGGAGCCAAGGAAUAUGCAGACAAACCAAUUGUUAAAGAGUUGUAUGGCUCUGCGUUCGAGCUGUCCCUUAGUGCACUCUUCGUCACACCUCGCACUGUUGGUGCCCGGGUUUCUCUCUCUGAGGAUCAGUUAACCCUGUGGCCUGCCGACGCUGAGAAGGAGGCAGUCCCUCUAGUCCCGGCUGCCGCCACCCUGCCCGCAGGCAGCCGUGCCCACAUCACCCUGGGCUGUGCGGAGGGGGUUGAGCCACAGCAGACUGGUUUUGACCUGCUGGAGAUCCUAGCGCUUCAGCAAGAGGGUCAGGAGGGAGAGCUGGUGGAGGAAAUGGAGCUCGGCUCCCUGGCCUACUACGGCAAGGGGAGGUGGCUGCUCAGUCUGAGGGAGCCCGUCUCCGCCCAGGCCUGCUUCUCCAGCCUCUACGGGCCCAAGAAGGCCGACACGACCAAGAAAGACGGGGACAAGAAGAAAAAGCAAAAGUGCACCAUACUGUAAAGGAGAGGGGGAAGGUGGUGGUAAUGGAUGGCUCGGGAUGAGUGGCGUACUAGUGUUCUGAUUUGUCUGUGGGGAGGUUUGUGUUUGUGGAUAUCCACCCCAAAUCCACAAGCUGUGUGCCUUUCUCUAUUGCUUUGCUGCACAACCCAAGAGGCCUUUAAACCACAGUUUAGGUCAAGCUUAGCAUCUUGUUCAGUGUCUUGUCAUGUGUUUUAGUGCCAUAGUUGCAAUUGGAUAGGAUUUCUGUAGACAAGGCCUGAUUUCAUGGCUCAGAUGUAGUACUGCUGUACCUAGUACCGCUUCUCCCCGUUUUGACCACUAUUUUUCCCUACUUAAUUCACGUCUGACACUAUAUACAACCCCUUCCGCACAUGUCAGUGUUAAGCAUUUAGAUGUGUUUUCAUGUUUGGUGUGAGUGGCUCAAAGUAUUUUCAUCGCAUGCCAGGUUUUUCAGUUUAGCUGAUGUAGUUCUAGUCAUGAUUAGCUUCUUUGCAAGAAGUUGCACAUCUCUUUCAGAAAUUUCUCGUGACACUGGUCAUUUCCUGUGAUUUAGUCAGUCUGCCCUGUCAUUGUGUUUGCAUUUGUGUGUGUGUGUGUUUAGUACGAAGGAAAGAGCUGGGUAAUUUCAUAAGUAGCUCAUGGGCCAAAAGGGUGUCUAUGUGCUUGAUUUGCUGAACUGUGAAUGUCAUUCAAGGCCAUUGCUAAUGAACUCUUUUUGCACGAUGCAGCAGAAAUCAAAGGGAGAAUGCUGAUGAAUGUGCAGUUUGUUUGAUUAGCUGGCCCUUACUUGGUACUUAUCAAAUGCUGUGAAACCAAGGCCACAAUUUGCAAUAUUCUCUAGUAUAGGUGACAGCAGCCUGGGAUCAUCCCUCUUUCUGUCAACCAUAGUUUUCGCAUGUCAAGUUGUAUGUAUGUAUUCACUGUCUUUUCAUGACUGGUGUGUAGGUCUCUUAGGGCAAAGCCAUGCUUGUGUAUUUCUUCCUCUGAGUCACUAUUUUUGCACAUGUUUUGUACACUUAAUAAAGGAAUUUGUUUUGCGGCAAA